AUGGCUCACUAUUUCACUCAACAGCAAAUCGAAGAAUAUCGGCAAUGUUUUACAUUAUAUUGUCCUAAGGGAUGUGCACAAAAUGCAUCACAUUUGCGUUAUAUAAUGCGUAGUCUUGGUUACACUCCAACUACACCGGAAACAAUAGAAUAUUUCCGUAAAUAUGGACAACAACUAGACUUUCCAUGUUUUUUGGAAAUUUUACAUCAGGAAAAUCAAAAAGGUGAUCCAAUAAAAGAAAUUAUUGAUGCACUUCGAGGAAUUGAUUCGAAAAAACAAAAUUGGAUUACGGUGCCUGAAUUCAUUGGUAUUUUAUCAUCAGUUGGUGAGAAAAUGUCACGAGAAGAAAUUUAUAAUAUUCUUCAACAAUUAGAUAUCACCGGUGGUCGAGUACCAUUUAGUUCAUUGUUGAAUUUUAUUUCAAACUCUCAUACUGAUUACACUUAUUUCACUGAUAAUAAUCAUUGA